AUGCCAAUUAUUAGAUUGAAUUUCAACUUUAAAGUAAAUUUAUAUAGAAACUAUUAGGGGUGUGGGAAUAUUUCAUUUGAAAAUAUAUUGACAUUUUACAUCAUUACAUAAUAUUGCUCAUACUAAAUGUAAGAUUAAAUCAAGUUGAAACUGUUUCCCCAUUUUUCAAGGACACCAAAAAAAUGA